UUAAGGCUUCACCAAAAACUUGUAAGCCAAAACCAAGUAGCUACUACUAGAGCGACAUGGAAAGUGGAUUUAGCAAACAAAUUCUCAUCUUCUUUGUUCUUCUUGCAGCCAUUGAUCCCAACAAGAACUCAACCACAGCAACAACAGACCUCAUCCCCAAAGCCACCACCCAAUUCAUCAAAGCCUCAUGCACAGCAACCACCUACCCCAAGCUUUGCUUCACAUCCCUCUCAGCUCAUGCAAACAAGAUCCGAACCAACCCGGAACUCCUAACGAAAACCGCCAUCGACGUAGCCCUUCUCUCGACCGAAACAACGUCGAGCACGGUGGCAAACCUUCUGAAAAGCAAAGGGCAGCUGAGCCGCCGAGAGGUGGGCGCCGUGACCGAUUGCGUGGAGGAGCUGAGGGACUCCAUGGAUAGGCUCAAAAGGUCAGUUAGUGAAAUGAAGAAGCUCAAAGGGGGCGAUGGCUUCGAUUUUGAGAUGACAAUGAGCAAUAUUCAGACAUGGAUAAGCGCGGCAUUGACUGAUGAAGAUGCUUGCAUGGAGGGGUUUGGUGGGCGGUCGAUGGAUGGCUAUGUGAAGGCUUUUGUGAAACAGCAUAUUGAGAUGAUUGCACAUUUGACUAGCAAUGCCUUGGCUUUGGUUAACAAAUUUGCUGAUCUUCAUGGCUAGUUUCUUAUUAGCUAUGCAUGUGUGUUCUAUCUUUGAUCUAUCAAUCAUAUUGUUGUAAAGGGUUUGUAAUGUUUAGUACUAUGGAGUGUGUAAUAAUGCGUGUGAUCUUUUCUUAAUAAGAUUGUUACGGGUGUUUGUGUUUC